AUGGCGCCGCAGCAAAGACAACAACAACAACAGCUACCCGUCCCACCAGCGACCUUCACCACCCGCAAGCACAAGAUCCUGGAACAGCUCAGCGUGCCCGACGCCGAGUACACCGAUGCCUCGCCCAAGGGCUCCGUGGACGUUGGCAUCCGCGAGCUGAUUGACGAGCUCAACGCCCUCGACGGCUUCGUCACGACGAGCAGCUGCGCGGGGCGCGUUAGCGUCUUCCUCGAGGGGCGCAAGGCGGCAGCGGGCGCGGCAGAGGGAACCACCACCAAGGAUCAGCAAGUAGUCGUCCCGCCUUCUCAAAACGAUGAAGACGGCCCGACCUCCGCUGCCGCCGCCGCCCCCGCAACGAUAGCAGGGCCUGGGGGGAAGGGAGGCGGAGGCACGUGGCUGUUUGUAUCGCACGAUCCCGUCUCCGAAUCGCAUGAUGGCGAUGAGGAUCUCCUGCGCGUUCUUGGUCUCGUGGAUGAAGGCAAGACAGGAGCAGAAGCAGCGGGAGGGUCCAUCGGAAUCUCGGGGAGCGCUCAGUCUGGGCGACGGAAGCGCCUUGUUCACUUCAAAUUCGAGCCCAUGAUCCUCCAUGUCUUGACAGCGUCUCUGGCCCACGCCCAGCUCAUACUCAAAUGCGCCCUCGCAGCGGGUUUCCGCGAAAGCGGCGCCCUAAACCUCCUCCCCUCCACAUCACAAGGAGAAGACGAAGCCUCGUCGCCCGUCACGCCAAUGGUGGGCGUCAGAACCAUGGGCCUCGCUCUCGAGUCCCUAAUCGGCUACGUCGACGAGGACGAAGACGAGGCCCGCGGCGGCGGCGGCGGCGGCGGCGGCGCGGAGCGGCACUGCACCGUCACGCCGGACUACCUCCGCGACCUGCUCCGUAUCGCAAACGAGCGCUUCGUAGAGAACGCCGCCAGGAUCGCGCGGUUCCGGGCCGCUCUGCAGGAGGCCGUGGCCGGACCCCCGCCGAAGCUGGGCGAGGGGGGCGCCGAGUGGGAGGAUGCCGACGCUCGGAGGGAGCGCAAGAAGGCCGAGGGCCUGCGACGGAAGGAGGAGGUGUUGGCUGCGAGACAGAAGACGCUGCAGCAGCAGCAGCAGCAGGCCCCGCCAGAGGAAGAAGACCCGAUAGAGCUGCUGUCUGAAAUAUGA